UCGGGCGUUGUACACCGCAUCUCAUUAACAAAAGAAGCAAUUUCAUUAGCUUUUUUAAAAAUAUAUAUAUAUUUAUAUCCCUGUAUCUCUCGUCUGUAAUUAUUUUCGGAAAUAUUUAAUGAUUGUUUUUCCUCCGCGUGUGAACUUUAAGCCCGGGUGUAUUAUUUUUUCGGUCUCGGCGGUUAUUUAAAAAGGCGGUGAAGGAGAAGAAGAAGGCGCUCGCGCGGUCCGUCGCUCUUUGUUCGCUCGCUCGCGCGUUCAUUCAUUCGGGGUUUCUUUGUUGCGCGUGAUUUUUUUUUGGGGUCCAAGCAUGGGAGCUCAAGUGGCUAAAAACGGUGCAAAAGAGGAAACCGCUGCAGAAAAAGCAAACGGACAGGAAAACGGACACGCUAAGACAAACGGCAAUGCCUCCCCUACUGCAGAUGGAGCCGCCGAGGAGGUCCAGGCCAACGGCAAACACUCCCCCGACGGCGAGGUGAAGGCUGAAGACGGAGCAGCCGAGAAGGCGACGGAGGAAGGCGGUGCCGAAAACGCUCCGGUAGCCAACGGCGAGGACGCGAGCAAACCCGAAGAGAACGGCUCUGCGUCAGGGAGCGGCGAGGCUACCAAGCAGAAGAAGCGAUUUUCCUUUAAAAAGCCGUUCAAACUCAGCGGCUUCUCCUUUAAGAAGAGCGCCAAGAAGGAAGCCGAGACGGAGGAGGCGGCCGCUCCAGCCGAGGAAGGCAAAGAUAAAGCCGAAUCCGAGGAGGCCGAGCCGGAGGCAUCCGGAGGAGAAGAGAAAGAAGAAGCAGCCGAGGGCGCCAAAGCUGAUCAGCCGAGCGCAGACGAGGAGAAAAAGACGAGCGAAGAGCAAAAGCCCGAGACGCCAGCAGAAGAGAAACCGGCUGAAGCUUCAGCCGAAGAGCCCGCCCCGGCACCAGCCGAGAGCUCAGAUGCUCAACCCGCUGCUGCUGAAGAGUAACCAGGCUCACCGGGUGAUCACGGCAUUUUAAUGAAGUAAUAAGGAGCUGAACCACGGAGGCUUUUUGUAUUAAAAAAAAACAAAAAAAAAAAAACAACCAACCAAUGACCUUUCUAAGUUGUCUUAAAUACCCCCUUCAUGAUUCCGUCCAUUACUCCUCCAUCCGAUGUCUCUGUGGUGCUCCAGCGAAGGAUCUCUGAUUGUAGCAUGAACGGCACCGUGCUUCACUUCCUACAACUGUGUUUGUUACAGUAUUGCGUGCGUGUGUGUGUGUGUGUGUGUGUGUGUGUGACGUGUGCUUAUGUGUGUGAUGCAGUAUUUUUUUUUUUUUUUUUUUUUUUCUCCAUACCUGUAAACCUCUUUAGGAAAUUGCGAUGUUAGUUGAAGUAUCUGGUGCCAUAUGAUUUAGUUUUUGUUUUUUUUUUCUUUUCCCAGUGCGUGCUAGGAAAGUGGUGCUACCAAAAGGCAGACGAGGCGUGUAGAUGAGUCAGGUGACGGUCCGUUUUUACGCGCCCCAUGAGCCGUUCAGAACGGGUGCUCAGUUAUUACACCAGCAGCACCGCUCAAAUCCGGCAGCACCGCGUGCUUGUAUAGGCUUCGUCGUGUCUUUAAUCUUUUUUUUUUAAACCUUUUUUUCAGUCCUCUAGGUAAAGUCUGACCCUCUUCUAACCCUGCUGUAGAUCCAACAUGUUGACCUGUGAUGACUAAUACAGUUAGAGUUUUCUUUUUUUUUUUCUUUUUUUUUCUUGCAAUGCUGUGCAAGUAUAUAUACAAGUUGCCAGUGCAAUCAAAUAGAUUACAGUUUGCUGUAAAUACUCAAGGUCUGACACUACCUGGUUUUUAAACGGAAUGUAACUUUGCGUACAGAAGUAUGAAUUUGACUUCAACGGCUCAAAAAAAAAACAACACAAAUAAAGGAUUAAAAUUGAACCGAGUGUCUGUGUGUGGAUUUAACCAAUUCAUCUGUUCUCUUUAGGUCAACCUCCAUUAUCUUUAUUUAUUUUUUUUACUAAAUGUGUAGUACAAUAUAAUUUAUUUUAUAUAAUUUUAAAGAAUCAUGUAUAAUUGAUUUUAGUAUUGCAGCUCAUUUUGUCUUUAAUAUGACAAAAAGAUAACAUAAGUGGUAACCCUUAAUAGUCAAUAAUGGCACCCAGGGCCUGAAAAAUCAUUUUUUUUUUUUAAGAAUUUUUUUAUAACUUAGGAAUUAUUUGGCACAGAGACUUUUUUUUAUAUCUUGUCACAGAAAUCUGUGGCUUUUACACUGUUUAGUGUUAAUUUUUUUUUCUUCUUAUAUAAUAAUGAUGAUAUUAGUCCAGCAUUCGGCAAAGAUGUUUUUAUUUAUUUAUUUUUACAUUUUUCGUUGUCGUAUUUAACACUUUCAAGCAGACCUCUUGACCAAUCAUGGCAUUAUGUUUUUCGAUCUCUCCACUAAUCAUAAAGCUGGUCAGUCUUAUCUGUGCUCUUAAAAUGCAGACGUAGUGGUAUUUUAUUGACCGUUAAACCUAGGCGUGAAAGUAAAGGGUGAAUACGGAUCAUUUCUCGUUUCCUCCAUUUUUCAACCUCGGAAAUGAGUGUUCCUGCUGUAUUUCUAAAUGAUAAACAGCUGGCGUGGGGUUUCUGGGUGUAAUACUGGUAAGUUGGGGGCAGAACAGGAUAACGGAUGCAGCUGUGUUCGAGUAAAGGACGUGACGAGUCAAAAUGGCUUAAGACUAGUCCUGGAUUAACUAGUGAAAAAAAAAAACAAAUUCCUUUUUAAUCCCAGUUUAAAGUUCAGGCUAUGGGCUUUCACGAUCUUUAAAAACGGUCCAUCGGAGAAGAAAGAAAUCCCAAUUGUUACAUUUUUAAUGUGAAGAUCUUAACACGAUAUCUUGUAGAUGAUUUUUUUUUUGGAACGCUUUGAAAGCAGAUGUAGGUUGCGUUGUAGUAUAUUUUAGAAAGUAUAUAAAAAGUGCAUUGACUUCAUUGCAGUUGUUGAUAAUAUUGAUUGAACCCAUUUCUCACUGGACCACGAAGUACCUUUUCUGUUGAGGACCGAGUGACGAUUAAACAGAAAUUAGGACUAAUGGAGGUGUUGGUGAAUUUUCUAGAACAGCAGCUCUGACAAUAAAAUGCAAUUGUUCACGAAGUUAUUGCGAUUAAUGAGCUUAAUCUAACACGAUGUCGUUUCUAUAGUAACAGCUCUUUCACAGAGAAUGCUCCAUGUAAUCUAAUAAAUGAUUAAAAAAAAAAACAUGUUUAGCCAAGAAAAACAAUAGUUGAUAUGCUG